GCUCAAUUGUCUCUUUUUUUGGAUCACGAAGACUUCAUAUAGAACCUGUAUCACCCUAUAUACGACAAUCUACUCCCUCCUGCAAUCUCUCCGAGGGUCCACUGCACAGCUUCUGCCAAAAGCUUCACCUUUCUUGCGUUACUACACGCCAUUUCGACGGAAUACCCACCAAAGCUGCCAACUCUCGGCACUCUAGCUAUCCAAAGAUUCGCCAUCGCAAAGGCAAAGGCAUAGCACACGCACUCGACGUGUUUUCUAGGUGAAUUUCUGGCCCUGCCAUGUGGGCAGAGUGAAAAAGAAAAUCUAUCUCGAUCGAAACGACAAAGGGCGCCCACAAACGUAGUGGACGCUCCCCAUGAACAAUUCUCUCCGAGACCCUUUCAAUCUCCGAAGAAAUCUACUCGAUCCUACCAACCGUGGCCCUGGUGCUGCGAACGCCCUCACCCAGCUCAACCUCCUGCGCGCGACAGCAUCCCAGGUCGCCACCCAGGUGACAGAAAGGGUUGCCGAGACUGCCGCCGAGGCGCUCGAGCGAGGGAAGCAGGCCGUCGAGGAUCUGAACCAGAACCUCCGCGACCAGCGGGAGAGGGGCAAGGAGAAGAAAGACGACGACUACAAUUACAAUCAACCCCACGACGGCCAGGGGGAGGGGCGCAGUAAAGACGACGAGGACAUGUCGUUCACAGUUCCGAAAAAUGUGCCCUCUUUCACGAACCCCCAGCGAGCGAUAGAGGACCGUCUGUGGUCAUCGUCUGGCUUUGGAGACUUUCUCAAUCCGAACCGGGCUGCACUGCCCAUGUACAAGGACAAGCCAUUUGCAUACCCUCCGAGUUCACGAUCACGGCCGUUCUACCGGCGCAAGCGCUACAUGGCUUGGUUUCUAUUUCUGGUGUUGGGGGUGGCCUACUGGCUUGGCAUGUUUGGCAAGGACGGAUAUGAGAGGAUGCCAUCGUUCAAGAGCACCAGCUGGCUCAAAUCUGACGAGUCUUCGACAGGGGACAAGGUAGACUGGCUGGAGAGGAGAGAGAGGGUCGUAGAGGCUUUUACGCUGAGCUGGGAUUCGUACGCGCGGUACGGUUGGGGUCACGAUGUCUACCACCCAGUAACAAAGGCAGGGCAGCAGAUGGCCAAGAAGGGCCUGGGUUGGAUCAUCGUCGAUGCGCUUGACACGAUGAUGCUCAUGAACCUGACCAGUCGAGUUGCGCAUGCACGAGAGUGGAUUGCAACCUCUCUCUCCUACGACCAAGACCAGGACGUGAACACAUUCGAGACGACGAUUCGCAUGCUGGGCGGCUUGCUGUCGGCCCACUACCUCUCGAACACCUACCCGGAUCUGGCGCCCCAAAGCGACGACGACCCUGGCGCACCAGGGGAGGAUCUGUAUCUCGAGAAGGCCAAGGAUCUGGCCGAUCGCCUGUUGGCAGCCUUUGAUUCUGAGUCUGGUAUCCCAUACGCGAGCGUAAACCUGGGCAAGUACCAGGGCAUCGCUUCGCAUAGCGACGGCGGCGCCUCGUCGACUGCUGAGGCCACCACGCUGCAGCUCGAGUUCAAGUACUUGGCCAAGCUCACGGGCGAGAAGAACUUUUGGGACAAGGUCGAGAAGGUGAUGCAGGUUCUCGACGACAACGGCGCCAAGGACGGACUGGUGCCCAUCUACAUCAGUGCCGACAGCGGCAAGUUCCGCGGGCAGAACAUACGCCUGGGCAGCCGCGGCGACUCGUACUACGAGUACCUGAUCAAGCAGUACCUGCAGACCAACAACCAGGAGCCCAUCUACCUGGACAUGUGGGAGGAAGCCCUCCGCGGCACGCGCAAGCACCUCGUCUCGUACACAGAGCACGCCCAGUUCACCAUCAUCGGCGAGAAGGUCAACGGCCUCGGCGGCGAGCUCAGCCCCAAGAUGGACCACCUCGUGUGCUUCAUGCCCGGCACGAUCGCCCUCGCAGCGACGGGCGGCAUCAGCGAGGCCGAGGCCAAGAAGCUCCCGACCUGGACGGCCCAGAAGGAGAGGGACAUGCAGCUGGCGCGCGAACUGACGCACACCUGCUGGGGCAUGUACAAGUACAUGGCGACGGGCCUCGCCGCCGAGAUCACCUUCUUCAAGCUCCCCUACCCGGAGCUGCCCGAGGGCGCCAAGCACCAGGCCCCGGCCACCUUCGACCCGGACCCCGAGGCCGAGUGGCGCAAGGACUUCAUCGUCAAGGGCGGCGACUCGCACAACCUCCAGCGGCCCGAGACCGUCGAGUCGCUCUUCUACAUGUGGCGCAUCACAGGCGACAUCCGCUACCGCGAGUGGGGCUGGGAGAUGUUCAAGGCCUUCAUGAAGCACACGGCCGUCGAGGACGGCGGCGGCUUCACCUCCCUGUCCAACGCGAACCAAGUGCCCCCCGUCCGCCGCGACAACAUGGAGUCCUUUUGGCUCGCAGAGACCCUCAAGUACUUUUACCUCCUCUUCUCCCCGGACGACUUCUUGCCUCUCGACAAGGUCGUCAUCAACACCGAGGCCCACCCCCUGCCCAGGUUCGACAUGGGCCCGCUGUUCUCGACGGGCUGGAAGAGGAAGCCCAGGGAUGCGGACGGCAAUAUUAUCGAGGAGAAGGAAGAGGCCGCUUCGGAUUCGGCGAGUGGCUGAUGAUUUUAGAAGAGGCAAUGAUGAAGCGAGACAGGAGAAAGAGAGAGGGAGAGAGGGAGGGAGACAGAGAGCUCUACCAAUUUUUUUUUCUUUCUAUAUACAUACCAUCUUCUC